ACGGUCCUUCCCUCGCUUCGAUCAUCGAGAUUCAAAUAGCUGCCUGGUCGCGGCGGUUAUAUUCUCCCUGUCCCCCGGGUUUCCUUCUCCAGAACCCCCUUCGAGCCCACAGAGCGCCUCUCCUACGCUGUAAUCUUCGUGAUUACCGCGAGGCAUCUCGUCGGGGCUAUAAGGAGGUUCUGUGACAACCUAUUCGUGGCACAUGAUCAGCAAUCUCUUACAAUACUUCUUGCACGAUGAUGUCGAGAGUUUCCGGCGGUUACUGGCCAACGCCGGUUACCCGGUUGGUGGCCAGCGGUCUGGAGGAAAUACGACUGACAGUUUCGGAGCUACAUUAGGGUCGUCUCCAGUUCUGCCAUCGAAAUCGAACAAGGUGUACAGCGGUACUUCUCCGGGUACGCCUUUGACCGAACGAGGCAACGUGAAGCGUGGGAAUGGCACGUUAUCUCGAGAACAAGUAAAUGCGCGCGACCAUUAUGGCAGGACUAUUCUUCACUUAGUGGCCUCAUCACUAAAGCCGUCCGCGGUUGAAUUUGCAGAGGCACUGCUAGAGAUACCGUUCAUCGACAUCUAUGCUCAGGAUCAUGAAAGCGGUUGGACUGCCUUGCAUCGGGCUCUGUACGCGGGAAACGCAACCAUUGCACAAGCUCUGCUUGCCCGAGAUCUACGUGAUGCAACAGAAUUCAGUACCGUUGGAAACGUCCAUUAUCCUUCUGGUGGUUUGAUCAAGAUCAAAGACAGGGAAGGCUAUAGCCCUUUCGACGUGUAUGGGUCGACUAUCGUGUCUCGCAACAUCAAGGAGAUAGUAAACCGGACUCCCAGAGCGGUAGUGAAGGAUUCGUCUGAUGUCGAUGUCCCUGGCAGUGAUCUCUCUUCUGUCGAUGGUCAUUCUGUUCCUGGAGACGAUAAUGCCGAAGAGACCAGCUAUCAUCAUCGAGCUGUCCUAAAACCGCGCACAAACCUGCAAGGCGACGAGAUCUUCACAUUCGGUAGCAAUAAGAACCUGACGCUUGGUUUGGGGGAUGAGGACGACCGACAGUUCCCCGAAAGGAUAUCUGUGCAGCGCCCGGAGCAUCUCCUGCAGCGAUUCUUUCGCGAAUAUGAGGAGCGUCGCUCCCAAUCUGGCCGUUCUGACUUGCAGGAUUCCAAUCAUAUUCCAGAUCUGCCUACACUGAUCCGAAAUAAGCCUAUCAGUUUCCAAGAUGUCGUCAUGUCCAAACUUCACACCGCUGUCCUCACCAGUGAUCCGGAAUCAAAUCUAUUCAUGUCUGGGUUCGGCCCCGGUGGACGUCUAGGCACGGGAGACGAGUCGACUAGGUUCGGCUUCGUUUGUGUCGAAACUGGUGCUCUUGCAGGCAAAAAGAUAAUAUCCGUUGCGUUGGGCCAAGAUCAUUCUCUAGCAAUUUCCGAACACGGGGAGAUCUUCUCAUGGGGAAGCAACAAGUACGGGCAACUUGGCUACAAUCUUCCCCGGACGAACAACAAAGAUGAUGUGCCUAUUCAGACAACCCCAAGACAAAUAUUUAACCCCUUUAAAAAGGAGAUCAUCCUAGGGGCGGCAGCCUCUUCAAUCCACUCGGUUGUCUUUAGCACGUCUGGUCUUUACACUUUCGGCAAGAAUGAAGGUCAGCUAGGAAUUGUCGACUCAGACGCUCGUUCUCUCGAGACCCAGGUCACUCCUCGACGCGUGGGAGUUUCCCUCUUCAAUUCACCUAUUCACACCGUGACUGCCAUCGAUCGAGCUACUGCAGUGCUUCUAGAGAGCCAUGAUGUCUGGGUUUUCACGCAAUAUGGGUAUUCCAAAAUCGUCUUCCCGCUUGACGGGGCAUCAACUUUCAUCAAGAACAGUUUCUUGGCUACCCGAUACGAUACUGCCAUCAACCGUAUCGUCAAAAUAACUUCAGGUGGAGAUACUAUCUGCGCCCUGUCCAGUUUUGGCGAAGUAUACACAGUCCAGGUCAAUAAAAAAGCUGAUACCAGCUCUAUGGCUGCAUCUACCACGAACCCGGCUAAGAUACGAAAUUCCUUACCGCCUCCGGCAAGAGUCUGGUCCGUUCGAAAGUCUCAUAUGGCCGCUAGAGACGUUGCUACAGGACAGGAUGGUUCGAUCAUCAUAUGCACCAAGUCUGGAUCGGCCUGGAAGAAAGAGAAGCGCACCAAAGUCAAGACAUCUGGGUCUAAGGAUUAUAAGUUUGUUCGCAUACCGGGGCUCUCCAGAGUAGUCGCUAUCAGAAGCAAUGCAUUUGGGGCGUUUGCAGCUGCUCAGCGUGACACCGACGUAACCAAAGAGCAAAUUGCUGUUGAUGAAUCCACUCUAUGGCAUGAUAUAUCGCGUCUCCUGCCGUUCGCAGCGUUGGAGCCAGAUAUUCAGGACCACAGUCUCGAAGACCCCUCAGAAGAUCCCGCGAUCAUAGAAGGACUCGUCCCCAGGAUCAAGAGAGCCGUUUUGAUGUCACGAGACAUUGAAUCCCAAAUCCAGCCAGCGAUUCAAGCCAGCAACUUGUACGAUAAUCCUUAUGGGACUGUCUGGAUUUCAAGCACUGUGUCCGACAUACGGGUCCCAGUUCAUGAGUUCAUUGCCGCGGGACGGAGUUCUGUCCUGAGAGAGGCGUUCCAGGAGUUUCGAAAGAAAUAUUACUUCUCCAUGCCAGAAGUGUUCUCCAUCGAAUACGGGAAGGAUGGGCAAAUCGAGACCAAGUUCCAGGGUGUGGAUUUGUUAACUAUCCUCAACUUGGUCUUUUUCCUCUAUACGGACAGCGUUCUGGAUGUGUGGCAUAAGAUCAAACACUCCCCUGAAAAAUCGUUCCGUUACCGGCAGGUUCGGACAGAAGUGAUGCGGGUUGCGACACAUUUGGAACUGCGGACCCUGGAACGAGCAGCAAGAGUCAUGAUAGAGCCUACGCGGACCUUGAAUAUGGAUAUGGAGGCUGCUAUUAAGGAUGCCUCUCUCUUCGAGAGCGCCGACGUGGUUGUGCAGCUAGAUGGCGGCGAAGUGAAGUUGCACAGUCAAAUUGCUUGCCAAAGGUGCCCUUUCUUUGAUGGGUUGUUUAAUGGUCGCUCGGGAGGCCGAUGGCUCUCUUCGCGUCGCGGGAACCCGGAAGAAAAGAUCAACGUGGAUCUUAAGGACAUUGACCGGACAGUGUUUGCGUUCGUCCUACGGCACAUGUAUGCCGAUACCGCAGACGAGCUGUUCGAUGAUGUUAGAUACAAGAGCCUCGAUGAUUUCAUUGACUUAAUUAUCGAUAUCAUGUCCGCUGCAAAUGAAUUGAUGAUGGAUAGAUUGGCCCAGAUAUGUCAACAGAUGCUCGGUCGUUUCGUCAACACGAGGAACGUCUGUCACCUCCUGAACGCGGUUGCGCCAUGUUCAGUGACAGAGUUCAAGGACGCUGCGCUCGAAUAUAUUUGCCUCAACCUUGAAGCUAUGUUAGAAAAUAGGCUUCUAGAUGACCUUGACGAGGAUCUAAUAUAUGAGCUAGAUGCUGUCUGCCAAGAAAACCAGCUCUCGUGCUACCCAAUCUCGAGAGGACGUAACGCCGAGGAGUUCUUAUAUGAAAAAUAUCCCGAACUUGUUUCCCUUGUCGAGAAUGACCGGCAACGGAGGAUUGACUCCAUGAAACUGAGUUCCCGUCUCGAUAGAAAUGAGCUCAGCGACAAGUUGAGAUCCGGAAGCCUUGAAAAGACAGCCUCACCGCUCGCGCAGAGGACAAAGCCUUCCGUCACGAAGGAGCCAAAAGCGGUCAUGGCUAGUCCUGUUCUCAAGCCAAUGAAAUCCUCUGGAGACCUUAUGUUCCAGAUGGAUGAUGAAAAUGCCGCCUCACCUGGUCCUUCAGCAAAAGGAAAGGCAGUGGUGAGGGAUAUUCCCAGGCGCACCAGUGAUCGAUCAUAUCCAGAAUCUCCAUCUCCCGCAUUGGAUCCCAGAUUUAUGGAUGUCGGAUCGCUUGGUGAGAACGGUUCGUUAGAUGAUAGAACGGGCUCUCUUUCUCGGAUCUCCAUCACACCAAGGGGGUUUUCAGCUAGCCCCUCCGGCGCUGAUAAGAGCGCAUCCAAAGCUCCCUGGGCUUCUCCGGUGAUAUCCGCCUCCAAGAAAGAUCUGAAAGAUAUAAUGGCGGAGGCGUCCCAGUCACGAGUAUCAAACCUGACGCUAGGGAUGUCCGAUCGCCGGGAGUCUACUCCUGGCAGCGCUCUUCCCUCCAAGUUAUCCCAGCGAGAAAGAAAAAAGCUCCAGCAACAGCAGAUACAGGAGCAACUUGCGGCUGAACAGAGAGCGAAAGAGAACCCGCACGUUCCAUGGCAGACACCCGUAAAAUCGAAGGCACCUAUAUUCCCAGAGCCAUCACCGCGUUCUGAAGCUACGAAGACUGCUCAAAGGCCCUCAAUGACUCUUCGACAAACUGUCGCUGGCACGCCCCCAACUCAACCGGGGCCGUCCCCUGGACAAAUUCAGGGGCGCAACAUUGCAACCCCUCUUCCAACACCGCCCAAGCCUGCUCGACCAGUGCAGAUUACCUCAGGUCCAGCUCCCUCGCCUAAUCUCUCAACUCCUACUAAACCUAUGAUCCAAUCUGUACGCCACAGUCCACGACCUGAACCACGCAAAGCUAGCUUUCACUCUCCAUCGUCUGGUCAACUUUCCCUUGCUUCCAUUCUCCUGCAACAGCAGGCAGAAAAGGAUGAGCUGCACGAAAUUGCUACAGCCAAACAUAACCUUGAGGAUAUCCAGCUCGAACAGCAAUUUCAGGAGUGGUGGGACAAGGAGAGCAAAAGGGUCAUGGAAGCUGAAGCUGCUGCCGCAGCACGAGGGAACAAGAACAGAGGAGGUCGGGGCAAGAGUUCUGGUAACCGUAGGGGACGCGGUACAGGUCCAGCUCCAGCCAGUCAUGCGCCCGGAACCAGUCUCCCACAGCGACAGGAACAAGGGUCUACUGAAGCAUCGAAGAAGACGAGUAACCACCAUGGAAGAACUCCAAAUGGAAAGCAGAAGGAUGCCGCGGCUGGUGGCAAUGCUCACCGUGGCGGCCGCGGUGGUAACAGAGGCAGGGGAAAGACCCGAGCCCAGCCGGCAUGACGAAUAGCCAUGUGCUCUAAUACCCAGUCACAUAUUACGCUUCAUUGUUAAUCUGCUUGUAUUUUUGGGCACUCUGGUUCAUUGCCGCCCAUUUUAUUACAUAGAAUAAGCCCUAUAUCCCACUUUGCUUUAACUCCCCACAAGAGGAGUCCUCGCGGACCCUGGACAUGUUUAACGUGUUUACAUGUAUACAUCUUUUAUUCACUUGAAUAUGUACCAUUACCCUGCCUUUUCAGGUAAUCUUUUUUUUUUUUUUUUCCUACCUGGUUUAGAUAUUCUUUCACAUCGUAUGGGAUAACGGGAUGGCAUUGGAGGAUAGAUAUAUACACACACACACACUAGCAGUUGGCAUAUAGAAGGGUAUACUCUAUUAAUAUAAACUCACUCCACUUUUAGUUCAGAA